AGCGGUGACGGAAGCACGCUGGGUGACGUCACCCGCCAACAUGGCGGCGGCGGUAGAUUAGGGCUGUGGGUCGGAGCCGCCGCCUCCACCACCGCCGAGGGUUUCUGUCGCGAGCAGCCGCUGCCACCGCCGCGUCUUUCACCUUUUCUGGGGCAGGGGCCUGGGCCAGGUUUUGCACAUCUGUAAGUAGACCUUUGUGGAGCUCUGCCAGCCAACCCCAUGGCGUCUCUACUACUGUGCCUCUAGGAUUUCACUAUGAAACAAAGUAUGUCGUUCUCAGCUACUUGGGACUCCUCUCUCAGGAGAAGCUGCAGGAACAUCUUUCCCUACCCCAAGGGUUCAGCAAGAUAUAGCCUCACAACCUCUGGAUCCAGAAGUUUUAUUAAAAGUUAAAACUGAAAUUGAAGAAGAGCUAAAAUCCCUGGACAAAGAAAUUUCCGAAGCCUUCACCAGCACAGGCUUCGACCGCCACACUUCUCCUGUGUUCAGCCCUGCCAACCCUGAAAGCUCCUUAGAAGACUGCUUGGCUCACCUUGGGGAGAAAGCAUCACAGGAACUGAAAGUGCCUCUGCUUGGAGCCUUGCAGGUGCUCCUCAGCCGGAUGCUAACCUACUUUAGCCUGAUAGACAAACUACCCAUAAGGACUCCUGUGACCCACAAGAGCAGCAGACAGUUCAGGAAAGGAAGUGAAGGGACUGAGACACGCAAGUAGAGCUUCAGGGAGAAUAUAGGCCAGUGACAUAUCAGGCAUACCGGGAAUGUACACUGGAGACCACAGUUCAUGCGAGCGGCUGGAAUAAGAUUUUGGUGCCUCUGAUUUUGCUACGACAAAUGCUCUUGGAGUUAACAAGACGUGGUCAAGAACCUUUGGGUGCUUUGCUGCAGUUUGGUGUGACAUACCUGGAGGACCACGCCGCCGAGUACAUCAUUCAACAAGGUGGCUGGGGCACUGUCUUUAACCUGGAGUCGGAGGAUGAGGAGUGCCCUGCGGGCACCGCAGAGGACAGCAACGACAUCUACAUCCUACCCAGCGACAGCUCUGCACACGUCAGUCCCCCAGAAUCGCCAACAGCAGCCGCUUCCUGGCAGGCAGAGAGCUUACCCGUCUCGCUGUCGGCCAGCCAGAGCUGGCACACAGAGAGCAUGCCGGUGUCCCUGGGUCCCGAGUCUUGGCAGCAGGUCACGGUGGACCCUGAAGAAGUGAAAAGCUUGGACAGCAACGGGGCCGGAGAGAAGAGUGAGAACAACUCCUCAAACUCCGACAUCGUACACGUGGAGAAGGAGGAGAUACCUGAGGGCGUGGAAGAGGCGGCCAUGGCGGCCAGGGCCCUGCCAGCUGGGGAGCUGCCAGAGGUGGCCCCCGGAGCCAGAGAGCCCUCGCUUCCACGCAUUACUGCCCCUUCCUUGACGGAGGCCAUGGGACCUGACGUAGAGGUGACAGCUAUUGAGAGAGUCAGCCCCACGACGUCUGUGUUUGUGGAACUUGGUGAAGAAGAGGCAGAAGCUGAACCUGCUGACCUGGAGCAGGUGGGGGGCCCUGUACUGGAGCCCCCAGCACCCCUGACGAGCCAAGAAGGGGUGGAUGGCAGGGGGCGGGGGCUCAGGGCUGGGCCCCCUGUGGCCAGCGACCAGAAGGCUGGCCUGCCGUAUGAGGGCAAGUCCAUCCUGCUCUUUGGAGGGGCAGCCGCUGUUGCCAUCCUGGCGGUGGCAGUUGGGGUGGCACUGGCUCUCAGAAGGAAAUAGAUUUUUCAGAGAAAGAUGACUAAAUGGGGUCAGGUUUUAGUUGUGUUGACCGAAUUUGAACUGCUAGCGGCUGGUUGGACAUUUUGGACACUCUGGGAUAACUGGGGACUUCAGUCAGCAGGGCAGUAGGUUGACCCACAUGUUAGGGUUCAAGGCAGAGGGUGCUCGCUGGUCUGAUUGCAAGUUCCCGGGGCCAAGGCUCCUGCUAGAUUCAGGGUCCUCUGUAAUGUGCUCCCUCGACCUUGCCUCCGACCCUCGUUGGUUCCUUGUGGUGGGGGCCCCUGUGCAUUGUAGGUUGCAUCCUGGCCUCCACCAACCAAACUCCAGUAGCACACACACACCCCUGCCCCCAUUGUGACAACCAAAAGUGUCUCCUGACAUUGCCAAAUGUCCCCUGGGGUGAUGUCGCUCCCAUCAAGAGCCACAGCCUUAGAGGGAGAGGGUUGAUGCAAGAGGAUCAGGGGAGAAGUCCAGGCAAGAGGGCUUGGCUGCAGGCUCCUCGGCUGCUGACCUCUUCCUGCCCUUGGAGUUUCCUCUCUGCUAACAAGCGCUGUGCUUCAUGGCUGUGGCUGUUCCUCCUCGGCUCCUCUGUUCUCCCUCCCUUGGUCCCGCAGCUCGAGGUACCCUCAGCUGCCUCUCAGGUACUGCCCUUGCCCUCCUUGCCCCUGGCGGCCUUCUGAGACCCCACAGAGGGACUUGCCCGAACGUCAGGUCCUCGAUGCUCCCCGCAGCUCCCCUUGUAACGAUGCUGCCUUUAGUCAUCUUUUAAAAAAUAAACAAGGUGAAAGAGACCCAGGCCCUUGCCCAUGACUUUGGGGCAAGUUUGUCUCACUCAGAAGCUGGAGGAUGGCUUAGCUGACCUAUUGAGGUUUCUUCUGGCCCUUUUAUCUGUAGCCACCCUUGAGCUGACAGUGACUUGCCCAGUGGCUCUGUCUCUGUUGCUGGGUUGUCGCUAUAACCUGACUGGUGUGUCUUCCCGGAAUCUGGCCUCAGUGUCCAUACUGGUCCAGCAGCUCCUCUGCAGUCUCUUGCCAUGUGCUAGGGAUUUCCAUCACUGGGCUUAUAUUCCAGUGGAAUCAUAACUCAAUUUAGGAGUUCCCGUCGUGGCGCAGUGGUUAACGAAUCCGACUAGGAACCAUGAGGUUGCGGGUUCGGUCCCUGCCCUUGCUCAGUGGGUUAAGGAUCCGGCGUUGCCGUGAGCUGUGGUGUAGGUCGCAGACGCGGCUCGGAUCCUGUGUUGCUGUGGCUCUGGUGUAGGCUGGCAGCUGCAGCUCGAUUGGACCCCUAGCCUGGGAACCUCCAUAUGCCGCGGGAGCGGCCCAAGAAAUAGCAAAAAGACGAAAAAAAAAAAAAAAAAAAAACAAUUUAAAUACACAAGGUCUCCUAAAUAUCACUGAAGAAAAGCAGGGAAGGAGAAUUUGCCUUUGAGAUUCUAGUUUGGCUUUCAGAGUUCAAGAAUGGGGCCUUUACUGAACUCACAGUCUGAAUGCCAGAGUGACAGGCAUAAUGACCGCAGUCAGUAUGUGCCAGGGAGGGUCACCGUAGCCUUCUGGCUGGCCGCAUCCCUGCCAGGGCCGUGUCCCCAUGUCUGAGGGGCAGUGUCACUGACAGGACAUAAUGUGCUUGAGACAGGUCAUCUCAGAUUUAUCUAAUAGUAAAUGUAACAAAUUACUUUUUAGAUCCUGAAAUUUGUAAUAAAAUUACUUUACCUAUCCUGAUCACCAACACUUGAUGUUUUAAAUGUGCUUUUUUAAUUUAAGAAAAAUAUUUUUUUAAUUAAAUCUUUUCCCUAAAGCAAUACGGCUUAAAAAAGGUUGGUCAGAGAGGUCUGAGGUGUGUAUGUCUCUUCAUGUCUGAGCUCUGGUGUCCCGUUAUAGAGGGGUGUUUUCGAGGGUCUUGGUGUACCUUGGUUAACAGAGCUCGAAGUGUGGGUUUCGUGUGGCAGACUUUCCUCCCUGGGCUCUGAUGGUCGAGCUGGGUUACCCAGUGUUGACCGCUGCACUGGUGUUUGCACGCGUAAGAGCCGGGGUGAGGCAUCUUGAUCCUUGCCCCUUUUAUAAGAAAUAUUUUCCUUCCAGUGUUCACACUUUUAAACUCUGGAUCCUCAAAUCCAUUGGCUGGACACUUAAGCACAAAUGGACACCAGCGGCCAUGAGGAGGUCUGUGUUUUGGAGGCUCGCCUCUGUUUUCUCCAGCAGGAAAGAGUAAGACGUGCUCUGUGCUGCUUUACUUUCCCAUCUGUCAUCCCUGGGCAGUGGCUUUCUCUGCACCGAAUCCUUGUUGGGUCCUGAGAAAUAGCCGAGAACAGGGACAGGCACCCUAGUAAGAGCUGGUUCUGCAGUGGCCCUCGCCCUUUUCCUGCUACAUUGACAUUUGCUUCCCAGCCACCCCACCCAUCUCCGGUGGGGCUGGUGGUAGGAGGCUUCCUUCUCCAUGCGGUGUGGAGCACCUGAAUCUGACCUGAGAGUUGAGGGUGCAGAGACAUGACACUGCUUACCAUCCUCUCUGAGCUGUUGAGGAAGUAGCUGUUACCAAGUCCCUAGAACUCUUAACUGCUCUUGAAUGUAAUGAUUUCUGAGCACUCAGUAAAAGCCAUUGAAGGUUUCUUGAAAAAAAUAUCAGAAUUAAAGGAUGCUAGGAGUUCCUGCUGUGGCACAAUGGUUUAAGAAUCUGACUGCAAGGGUUCCUGUCGUGCCUCAGCGGUAACGAACCCAACUAACAUCCAUGAGGAUGCGGGUUGAUCCCUGGCCUCGCUCUGUGGGUUAAGGAUACAGUGUUGUUGUGAGCUUCAGUGUAGGUCGCAGAUGUGGCUUGGAGCCCCACAUUGCUAUGGUUGUGGCGUAGGCUGGCAGCUAUAGCUCUGAUUUGACUCCUAGCCUGGGAACUCCCCUGUGUUGUGGGUGCAGCCCUAAUAAGACACAACAACAACAACAACAAAGAUUCGACACAGCAAGCGGCUUGGGUCACUGCAGAGGUGCAGGUUUGAUCCCUAGCCCAGUUCAGAGGGUGGCAUUACUGCAGCUGUGGCUUGGAUUUAAUCCCUGGCCCCUGUAACUCCCAUGCGCCAUGGGUGUGGCCAUAAAAUUAAAAAGAAAAAAGAGCCUAGUUUAUUCUCUGUGUAGUAAAGGGGGUAACCACUUGGGGUCACAGAAACCAGUCAAUACUUAGCCUGCCUUACCGGCACUCUCGAAACACCACUGCCUCAAGAAAGCUUCUUGGACGAAAAGGUAUCUGUUGGCCAUCUGGUUCCCAAGGGCUGAGCCCUCCUUGCACCUGUGUGUCUCAGAUUACCUGCAGCCACCGCCUGGGUGUGUCCUGGUGGGGGCGGGAUCGACAGGGACUGGCGACAUGGUUUUGAACCACAGCUGCCAUUCAUUUCCUGUGGGAAUUGUUUUGCUCAGCCUUUUGCUAAUUCCCUCUAAUAUAAAAGCCAUGCCUGCUCCUUGCCUUUUCCCUGAAGGCUUGACAUAGGGACAAAUGUACCCUGUAGAAUUUGUAGAUUAUUUUAAGAAAUGUUUUAUAGAAAUGAAAGGCAUUGUAUGUAAGAUUUUUUUCCCCUUAAUUUGGCUGCACCCACAGCAUACAGAAGUUUCCAGGCCAGGGAUUGAACCUGAGCCACAGCAGUGACAAUGUCAGACCUUUAACCUGCUGUGCCACAAGAGAACUCCAUUCCCUUAAUUUUCUUUAUAUCUGCACAAGUUUAUAGAGAAUUUGAGGUGGUGAUCGUUUUUUCAAGAGGGACUGUGGGCUUUCUGGUCACUGUAGAAACAGCUCUGCAGAAAGGGAGGUGGGAAGGGGUACAGAGGUUUUGUCAGGUGCCAUCUCAAGUGCUAGUUGUACCAGAUGUCCUCUCUAAACUGACGGCAGUGGCUGGUGGUUACAGAAAUGUUGCCUUGGCUUCCUCAGAUGAGUGGAACAGAGCCAGGGGUUGUGGAAGGAAUGGGCACAGGCACAUCUUGCCCGGAGGCUGGCGCUGGGUGACAUCCCAGUGCAACAGGCCCUGUGCUUUUUCAUGGCCUUGGCCAGGGCGCCAGCUUCUGGAUAGUCUGUCACUAUUCCUGUUACUUUCUCCUUAGGCUCCAGGGAGAGGAGCCUGUCAGUCACUGAAGUAUCCUGUUCUUUGCACAAGACCGUUCCACUUGACCUACUUUCACAUUCCCUGAAUUAAAAUCAGCUUGUGUUCACACUGCAGGGACCCACUGUAGCUCAGGGGCUGUUCUCAGGGUAUCUGUGAGGCCGAGAAGUCCACUAUCCCCUCUCCUGGUGACACUGCUCCCUCCAGUGAGGGCUUUGUGCACCAGAAGUUGGUUAGUUAAUAUGCUGUUUAGAACAAGUGUUGCUGUUUUCAGGCAACUGGUUUGUUGCCUCCUUCCCCAGGAGUAACAGGAAGUUCAAGUUCCAUCUUCCCCCUUAAUUCUGGACCAGCUAGGUUGUCCCAAGAGAACAGUUCUAGGUGGAUGGGUCCUUGGCCAACACCAAAGGAGAAGACAGAGUUUGGUUUUUCCCGCUGUUACAGUUCAUUACUUUUUUUCCUUCAGAUUGAAAGUGCCUCUCAUUCCUUGAUGCGUUCUUUAUCAUGGUUCACGUGUUCUAUCCCCUCAUAGGUUCUGGGGCUAAGGUGGUCAUGGUGACUUACUCAGCCUGUGUCCAUCCCCCUUUUCUGUAUGAGAUUUCCCUGCUCUCCCUGCACAGCUGAUCUUUGGGUCAUUCUGGCUCCUCUUCCCCUGGCAUCUGUCCUUUGGGCAGUGUACUCAUGGGGAAAGCAACAAAACUCCGAUCUGUGACUUGUGCUUUGUGAGAUGCAGUGUGUUGGGGAGAACACGUUGGAGGGGGUAAUAAAAUGAGACUUGGAAGACA